UGUUUUUGACCCAAAUUUGGGUCAUCCCUACAGAUUUCCCAUUAUUCAAUUUCAAACUAAUAUCUUCCCUCGCUCAAUCUAUCCGACAUCUUAACAUUGCUUUGCUCAUCCGCCGAGGACGAGAGAGGAUUCGCGGCAGUUUACCGACGUAGUUUAAUCCAUCUAAUACCUUCUCCGGCGGUUUGAUUUCUUCAAGUUUUUGAAACCAAUGUGACGAAUUGCGGAUUCCUCUCAGAAUGUCGCAACGUGAGUAGUCCAGUAAAGUCAAGAAGAAAGACUGGUUGCUGAGAAUGGCAAGGCGAAGGGCGAAGAAAACAGUUAAGAAGUCUAGCCCUUCACCUGGACGAGACGCAAAGGAUGAAGCAGCGAAUGAGUUAAAGAGUGACUGCGACGAGGAUGUUGAACGGCAUGCUGCUGCAAUCCGGGCCAUUCGGGAUGUGGAGAUCGAGCGUUUGAUUACCGAAUUGCGGUUGCUUCGUUCGUAUUUCAACAAAGAGCAAUUGCAAACUCCUCUAUUGCAAUUUUUCGAAGAAAAACUUCCAAACUUGUCCAUUUCGAGAAGAGGCGAACAAGGAGAAAUUGAAGUACAAUGGAAGGAUACAGAGGAUGAAUUACACACCAAUCCAGCUGAUGGAAUAGAUAUACAUGCUUCUCUCCUUCAUUGCUUGUCCACAGCUUAUCCUUACUGCUCUGCCGGAAUGCGAUCGUUUAAUGGAUUUGAAUUUUCCAGUAAAUCAGUGAAAACAAAUCCUUUCAAUGUUGAGAACCUGCAGAUUCCGAACUUGGCUUUGGAGGAGCCCUCGGAUAAUAUGGUGCUUGGCAUGCCAGAAAUCCUUCAAACUCCUGGGGUAAGUAACCAAAGAUUGUCCAUUGGGAUGACACCGAAAACCCGAAGACUGCCAAAGCCAGGCGAGAUGCUUGUGUCUAUCCAUGGAUCCCCCCUUGGUGUUUACAAGGAAGACAACAUGGAAGCAAUCCAUGAAUCAGAAGAGGAUUGAUUUGUUGAUUCAUGGUCACUUGACUGCUUGUCAAUAGAAGUGAAACUUCAAAUGCGAUCAUCCCGACCAUCGUUCUACCCGUUCUUUCAACCUUUUGAUUACUUUAUUAAGGUACUCUUACACGUGUAUAACUAAGAAUUAGUGUGUUUUUACUUGAAGGAACGAGCAUGUACAAACGCAUAAUAGCUCCACUAGAACUCUCAAAGGUAAGUCACAGGCUACACCAACUUCAUUCCAUUGAUUUCCUUCCCGAACUCUCAUAAGGCAUAACAAAUUGAAUUCCUUGUCAUUCUUGAAUCUUGAUUGAUCUUUAUUUCCAAACAUUUUCUGUGAUCAUUGAAACAUAUCAGCUCCUUAUGAUUGUCCUAGCCGUGGUGGAUGCCCAUCAUCAUUUGAUCGUUAUUGAAUGGUUUUAUCAUUAGCACAUUAUCAGGUUCAUCUAAAGUAUAUGCUCGGUGUUGUGCUGUUCGUAAUCAAGGAUCUAGUUGGAGUACCGUGGCUUGACUGACAUACAGAUCGUUGCAGUUUCGUCUAGCUUUCUUCAUGUAUCUGAGAGUUUUUGUUUAGAGACAGACCAAUGCUAUAAAGAAUGAGAACAGAUUUAAGUUGACCAUUUUGUCAUUCCAAAAAUGUUGAGGUGAAUUUCGAAGGGAACGACAUAAGAAGGUUGAGUCGAUGAUUCUCAAGGCUUGUUUUAAUCAUAAUCCUUAAACAAAUUAGUAAAUACAACUCUAGAAGCCAGUGGGACCAUAUUUUUGUAUUGAGCACCAUCCUUUUCUGUGCAGAAAAGAGAUAUGAUAGAGGAAGUAAAAAUGAGAGGUAAAGCUUGGAAAAAUUGGUCUCCCAAUGAGUACCAACAAUAAACUCUGCUGUCAGAGUGAAAAUGAGAGGCUUUAAUGGAAGAAAUUUGGUUUGGUUUGGCCCUCACUUGGAAUUACUGACUUGCUUUUCUCCCAUUUUCUCAACAUCACUGUUUUCUACAAUUUUUUCUACUCUCCUGUUCCUAAUUUUCUCUUCAACCUUAGGGAAAAUGAGAGAAAAAAGUGAAUGUUUGAUUAGUUGACUCUAUUAACCCCAUUUGCUGUAUGUAUUCAUUUGCCAACUUAUGAUAAAGUGAUUAGAGGUUCGAAUUUU